AUGAUACGAGACUCUGAAAUAGAAGAGGAGUAGCUGCUAUUAAACAACAAAUUUCUAAUUCAAACUAAGUCAGAGGACAUGACAGUCUCCAUAAAUUAGCAAUUUAUACUUGAUCCAAUGAGGUGGUGGAUUCAAAUAUUUUUUACAAUGGGUCUAUUGUCAAAUGGAUUCAUUAUGGUGGGUUUCAGUCCAGUAGCCUCAAUCAUUGCUGACGCUUUCAAAUGUGAUAAGUUCAUAGUAGAUGCCCAAUGUCUUAUGUUCCUUAUAAUGUUUAUUCCUGCCAAUUUCAUUGUUAUUCAUUGUCUUGACAAAUAUGGGUUAAGAGCUUGUUUAUUAAUUGGCUCAGUGAUGUCAAUUGCUGGUGUAUGGUUAAGAUAAUUAGUAUAAGUUAUACCUAACUUUAAUGUUGUAUUUUUGGGAACAAUUCUAUGCUCUUUCGCUUAAGUAUUCUAUAUCAAUACAGGUAGCAAGUUGGCAUCAACAUGGUUUGGCUGUGUGAUGGGUUUUGUUGUCCCAGCAUUUUUCCUUGGAGGAGAUGGAAAUCAAAAAGAUGCUUUUAUGGAGUACUUGCUAGUUUAAAACAUAAUGGUAACAAUUCUUAGCAUCCCAAUUUUACUGACUGCAAAGGAUAAGCCUAAGAACCCACCAUCGUUAUCUGCAAUGAGAAUAGAACCAAAAUUGUAAUUUGGAAAAGAAAUCAAGAAUCUUGUAUCUAAUAAAAGCUAUUUGCUAUUAUCGGGUACCUUCACAUUCCUCUAUGGCAUUUAUACUUCUCUCGGAGCAGUAGUCAGCUCAGUUACUACACCAUUUGGAUUUAAUGCUGUUGACAAUAGUAUUUUUGGAGCUACUUUCAUAUUCUUUGGUGUCGUUGGCUCAUUCUUUUUUGGUGUAAUGCUUGAUAAAACAGCUAAGUAUAAGUUUAUUGUGUGCUUAACAUCUACUCUGGCAUGUUGCUUUAUUUCACUAGCUUUUUGGACUCUUUAAUCAGAGAAUGUGGUUCUCUUUUCAGUCAAUCUUGCCUGCAUAGGAUUUUUCGUCAUCCCAAUUAUUCCUACAAGUUAUGCAUUUGCUGUUGAACUGACUUACCCGGUCCCAGAAUCUAUUUCUAACGGAAUGAUGAUUAUGGUCUCAUAAAUCUUUGGAUUUAGUCUUGUAAUAUUUUUUUGCUUUAUUUUUACUAUAAUUUAGGGUGCAAUUUCAUCAUUUAUAAGUUCGUUAGAUGGCUAAACAGGUCCUUUGAUUGUUAUCGGGGUAUUUUUAACAAGUUGCUGUGUUGGAGCCCUCUGUUCAUAUUUUAUAAAGGAAGAAUUAAGAAGAUUGAAACCCUAAUCAUUAAUUGGCUCAACAGAUCUCAGCACAUAAAGUCAAUCAAAUGCCUAAAAUAAAGAAUACUCAGAGUUAAGAGACUCAACUCAGAUCAGUGGGGGGAAACUUGAAUUUUGA